CACUGCUGCGUUUUGAUUGGUCGAUCUGGACAAGAGAGCGUGGCUGGACGUCAAUGUUUAUGUGGCUCCUCUAUGUCGGGUUUGUGCAACAGCAUCAAGGUCUCUGCUGCAAUGUGAUUUCCUGACGCUGAUUUGUUGUCGUCCCGCAAAAGCUCGUCGUUUCCCGUCACGUUAUGUCGCAGCCUCUGACAUGGGGCACCACUAGCCGGUAAAAGACGGAAGAGACGGAGGAAAACGCCGGAAUGGCAGGCGCCUUUGCCUUCAAAGGCUGCCAGAAAAUUCGCGGUGCGCAAAUCAGGGUUCUGCUCGAAGCGAAGGACUUCUUCCUCUUCGACUGCGACGGGGUCAUCUGGCACGGAGAGAAUGCGAUCACGGGAGCGGCCAAGGUGGUGAACGCUCUGAUCCGCCGCGGGAAAAACGUGGUGUUCGUCACCAACAACUCCACCAGGCCCCGGGAGAAUUACGUGAACAAGUUCACGAGGCUGGGCUUCACCGACGUGAUGCUGGACCAGAUCUUCAGCUCCUCCUACUGCUCGGCCCUCUACCUGAGGGACGUCGUGAAGGUCCGCGGCCAGGUGUUCGUCAUCGGCUGCGAGGGGCUCCGCUUGGAGCUGCUGGAGGCGGGGAUCCCCUGCGUGGAGGAGGAGGACGACCCGGACGCCACCAUCUACAACUGCGCCCUGGCUCCGGACGUGAAAGCGGUUCUGGUGGGACACGACGACAAACUGACUUUUCUGAAACUGGCCAAAGCUUCGUGCUACCUGCGGGACCCUGAGUGUCUGUUCCUGGCCACCGACAACGACCCGUGGCACCCGCUGUCAGGUGGACGGAUCCUGCCAGGUUCUGGUUCCCUCACUGCAGCCCUGGAAGUGGCGUCGGGCCGUAAAGCGACUGUGAUCGGCAAGCCGAGCCGCUUCAUGUUCGAGUGCAUCUCCAGCCAGUUCAGCGGCAUAGAUCCCGCCCAGUGCCUGAUGGUCGGGGACCGGCUGGAGACCGAUAUGCUGUUCGGGUCCAACUGCGGCCUGGACACCAUGCUCACCCUCACCGGCGUGUCUCAGAUCGAGGAGGCCCAGGAAUACAGGAGCAGUGACCUGACCACCAACCACAGCUACGUGCCUGACUACGUGGUGGACACCAUCGCCGACUUCCUCCCGGCUUUUGAGGAAAUAGAAGAGCAGAACGAUUGACGAACGAUUUAGUCCGCAGCACAGAUCGCUUUCGUGAUGAGUGCAGUGUCGAGUCUCACGUUUGCACAAAAAAGGUUCCAGUUUAUGGGAAAAAGGGGGGAUGAGAAGGGGGAGCGCUGCUUAUAUCAAGAGCAACACACGUAGGACGAAUAUCUGAAAAUGAUGAUUAACCCGCGCAUUCCUGUGUUUCUUCUAGUGUUGUGGCCAUUUGUGACCGAGCGUUUUGUUGUUGCUGUGUUUAAUGGAUAUACUGCACUUUGUUAAUCAAGUCCAUUGGUAGUAUUUGAUAUUAGGGUUUUGAACAUUCAAAGUUAUUUUUGUAAAUCCAUGAAUUACUCUUAGUUCAUGCGUUUAGGAGCUGGUAUUGUUUUGUGAAUGCAGAAUAAUUUCCUCUGAUCUGUCUGGCUGAGUGUCACUUCGAGGUGAAAUCAUGCAGCUCUGGCAGAAAAUAAAGCGGAGACCGUAGGCGGAGUGUCUUCUCACCUGUCAUGUCUGUACUACAUUGUGCCAACAUUCAUCUGGGUAAUGAACAACUCACUGGACUCUAUUUUGGAGAACAUUAAUGGUGGCCAGUGUUAAGCACUGACAUAGGAAUAUUAGUGUUGUGAAUGUUUUUAACAUUUAAAGCAUGCCAGCAACGGUAUCGACAAUAAAAUACCCGAGGAGCAAAUUAAAUGUUGUUCAUCUG